GACCUAUAAUUAUAAAUUACUGAUAUACGAUCUUAAUUUUGUUUGCCAAAGCAAAGGAUUCUUGUGUCGGCCAGCUAAUUACUCAUUUUAGUAUUUAACUCAAAACCUUCUCAUUUCCUCCUUUCAUUUUCAUCCUACAACACUUUCAUACACAUUUUUCUCACCCAAAAAAAAAUGGGAAAUUGCGCGUGUGCAAUCAAAGAUUACUACACCAACACCACCACCUCAACACCAGUUUAUCACCACCGUCGACAACGUCGUCUCGAGGCCGAAGCCACGAAGACAACAGAGCAAAAAACCAUGAUUAAGGUUGUUACAACAACAGGCGGAAUCAUGGAAUUGUAUUCACCAAUUACAGUUGAACAAAUAACCUCAGAGUUUCCAAACCACGGAAUAUUCCUUAACCCGAACCCUGCCUCCAACCCUCCUAUGUUACACAAUGACAACCUCUGCCCCGGUCAACUUUACUACCUCCUCCCUCUUAACCUCCCCUCCUCUGUCGCGACAGAGACCGACACAAGUAACUAUAACGUAUCCACACCGUACAGAAUGUCAGUCGAUACGACAGGUACAAGAGUAGUGUACAAGAAUCAACCAGACACGGAUGUUGUCCCAAGGAAUGAUAACGGUUCCGGUGUUUGGAAGGUAAGGUUGGUUAUAAACCCGGAGCAUUUGUCUGAGAUUUUGUCUCAAGAUAACAAAACUCAGCAAUUGAUCGAAAGUGUUAGGACCGUUGCUAAGUGUGGCAGUGGGAAUGCAACCAAUGGUGGUGCUAAAACGUCGUCGUCGCUGUCGUUGUCGUCGUCUGCCGGGAGUUCAAGCACCCCUAAUAAUUCCGAUCAAUGUAGUGUGUCUAGUUGAAUUGUAUACAUGACAUGAUCUCUAAUUUUAAUAUUGAUUCAUAUUAUGUAGGAGGUCUGUCUAUGUCAAAUGGUUAGAUGUUAGGAAAAUUAAUACAUACAACAUUACUACUAUUAAUUUUGUAGUAAUUAUUAUUUAAUUUGAUUUAUGGAUUUACAUGUACUUUUAAAAAGGAUUUUUUUUAUACAAUUGAAAGCAUAGAAGAAUCAUGGCGAGUUCGUAUGAUAUUGAUAUUGUAUUUUGUAUAGGUAUGUGACAAUUAAAUUCAAAAGAGAAAAAUUAAU